CUUUUCUAAGAGCCAAGUUGGACUCUUACUACAAUUCAUUCCGUCUCUUCCGUUCUGUGUCUCAUUUCCAUAUCAUUCUCCGGUUCUCUAGACGCACAUCUCAAAGCGAUAAAGAAAAAGGAAGUGAAAAUGGCAAGUAACGGAGGUGGGUAUGGAGAUGCAAGCCAGAAAAUAGACUAUGUUUUCAAGGUGGUGCUGAUUGGUGACUCGGCAGUGGGAAAGUCUCAAAUACUGUCCCGUUUUGCACGAAAUGAGUUUAGUUUGGAUUCCAAGUCCACCAUCGGCGUCGAGUUCCAGACCCGGACGCUUGUAAUCCAGCACAAGUCCGUUAAAGCCCAGAUCUGGGACACCGCCGGCCAAGAACGAUACAGAGCUGUCACAAGUGCAUAUUAUAGGGGAGCUGUUGGGGCUAUGUUGGUUUAUGACAUAACUAAACGCCAAACAUUUGACCACAUACCCCGUUGGCUAGAAGAGUUGCGCGCGCAUGCAGACAAGAACAUUGUUAUCAUUCUCAUUGGGAACAAAAGUGACCUUGAAGACCAGCGCGUGGUGCCCACCGAGGAUGCCAAGGAAUUUGCUCAGACGGAAGGACUUUUCUUCUUAGAGACUUCGGCACUGGAAGCAACAAAUGUUGAGAAUGCGUUCUCAACUGUGUUGACAGAGAUUUUCAACAUUGUGAAUAAGAAAAAUCUUGUCGCAGGCGAUGAUCAAGUUAAUGGCAAUCCUGCAUCUUUAUCUGGCAAGAAGAUUAUUAUUCCCGGUCCUGCACAAGUAAUCCCGGAAAAGAACAGGAUGUGCUGUAGAUCGUGAUUUUUUUCCCCUAGGAUUGAAAGUCUUGAUCUAUCAUCCUACGCUCAGUGACGUGAUUCUUUUAAUUAUGUGUUAUAUUUUGGUUGUAGAGAAGAAAUGGUUGUGACUUCAGUGGGGGAGAAAACCAAAUAGCAGAGUGGCAGAUUUGAUUUUGUGAUCAUCUAUUCGUUUCUUUAUUUUUCAUCUCUCUUUAAACGGUACUUUAUUGGACCGUCUUCUGGUCCCUCCUGUAAUAUGAAUAUUUUUUGCAUGGUGACCUUUCCAUUUUGUGUGGCCGAAAAGUCA